AUGGCUAGGAUUCCGGAUGAACCGAAUAUGAGUGACUCUACCUUAUUGUUGACCGUCGAAGAUCUUAUAAACCAAGCCAUGGGACCGCCUGGUGCCAAUGUAGUGGACUUCAAAUUGGUCCAAGUGGUUCUCCAAAUUCUCGCACGUCAACAACGAAUGCUGCAACAAAAAGUAGAAAUCCAGGUUUCAGAAUUAUCUGAAAUAACGCCUCCUAAGAAAUCUAAGGGAAAGGCUUCGGAAGAAUCAACUGAAAGUUCGUCCUCUAGAAGUCCUCGUUCUCUUAGGAAACGUCAGAUGGCGAAGAUAAAGGAAGAAAAGGAACAGAAAAUAGACGAAGAUAAACAAACUGUAACAGAAGAACCAGGAGAAGACGAAGAGGAUGACGGAGAUCAGGAAAAACGUGAUAAGAGAGCUAAAAAGGGACGAGAAAAGACUGAUAAAACGUCUGCUAAAGAAAAAGCUAAAUCUAAGAAAGAUGAAGAAAAAGCUCAAAAAGAUGCGGAAAAACCUAAGUCAGAAAGUGAGUUGGAAAAAGGUCAAAAGGAUGAAGAAGACAAAAGCAAACAACAGAAAGAAUCGGGAAAAGGCCAAAAGGGAACAGCAAAAGGCAAAUCUCAGAAAGAUAUGGGAAAAACUCAAAAGGUAAGAACAGGAACAGAUUCCCAUGGUCGGACGAACAUCGACGUCGUAACUCAGUCACAAUUCGCAAUUCUGGAAGCGGCGAUAAAAGACCUUAUGGAGGCUGCUGCUCCUCAACCUCUCGCGAUGCCAAAAAAUGAGAAGCUGAGGAAAGAUCUCGCUAAAGGCACAGCGACCUUACCUGAUGCCAUGGAGGCUAUGCAGGUUGUAGCUCGUAUGAAGGCAGCAGAAGCCGCUAUCCAGCGGAUGUCAGGCCUGAUUACACACCUGGCAGCUGGCAGUGACCUCCCCGAUGCUGGCGACGUCUCUGAUGUGACAGAUGAGAAGGAAGAAAAACUACCUGAAGAGCAGACGACCAAAUCACGGGUUUCUGUCGCUCCAAGGAAGUCUGUAAUGAUCGAUCCGAACGUUUCUCAAGUGUCACAUAUAAGUACAAAGCCGUCAGUAGCCUCGUAUGUAGACACCGGCCCUUCAUCCGCCUCGUCAGUGGCGGCUCCCAGACCCUCACAAGUGUCACAAGUGUCGGUCAAACCGUCCGCGUCUGUGAUGUCCAAAGCUUCUUCCAUGAUGAUGGGUCCGAGUGUCACCCAAGAAGAUAUGGAGUAA